AUGUCUGCUUUACGUGCUUCUGCUGCUUCAAAAUUAGAUUGGACUAAAGUUGUUUCAAAACUUGGUUUAACAGGUCAAACUGCUGCUUCAUUAACUGCUUUCAAAAAGAGAAACGAUGAAGCUCGUCGAAACAUUGUUGAAUUGAAAAAUCAACCAACUGAAGUUGAUUUUGCUCAUUAUAAAUCUGUUUUAAACAACUCUGCUGUUGUUGAAGAAAUUGAAAAACAUUUCAACUCUUAUAAACCAGUUACUUUAGAUGUUGCUAAACAAUUAAAAUCAAUUGAUGCUUUCGAAGCUAAAGCUGUUGAAAAUGCUACUGCUACUGAAGAAGUUGUUGCUAAAGAAUUGGCUGAUUUACAAAAAACUUUAGCUAACAUUGAUGCUGCUAGACCAUUUGAUCAAUUAACUGUUGAUGAUAUUGUUAAAGUUAGACCAGAUAUUGAUGACAAAGUUAACUUAUUGGUUUCUAAAGGUAAAUGGUCUGCACCAGGUUAUAAAGAAAAAUUUGGUGAUCUUAAUGUUAUGUAG